AUGUCGAAAAAACCAGCUGUAAAAAAACCAGUUGUACCAGCAAUGUUUACAAAAAAUCCACCUUCUACAACAAAUAAAGAUACAGAAACAAUGAAGGAAAACAUACCAAAACCUGAUCGAUUAGUUCCAUGGGUUGAAAAAUAUCGACCAAAAAAAGUUAGUGAUGUUGCCUAUCAAGAUGAAGUCGUUGCUGUAUUAACAAAAUGUUUAGCUGGUAGUGAUUUUCCUAAUUUAUUAUUUUAUGGGCCACCAGGUACUGGAAAAACAAGUACAAUACUUGCUGCUGCUCAUGAACUUUUUGGACCACAAUUAUUUCGUGAUCGACUUAUGGAAUUAAAUUCUUCUGAUGAACGUGGUAUUAAUGUUAUACGUGAAAAAGUUAAAAAAUUUGCACAAUUUUCAGUUAUUGCCACACGUACUGAUGGUGUUUAUUGUCCACCAUUUAAAUUAAUUAUUCUUGAUGAAUGUGAUUCAAUGACAAAAGCAGCUCAAGCAGCUCUUCGUCGAACAAUGGAACGUGAAUCUAAAACAACAAGAUUUUGUUUAAUUUGUAAUUAUAUUAGUCGUAUAAUUGAUCCAAUAACAAGUCGUUGUGCAAAAUUUCGUUUUAAACCAUUGAGUAGUAGUAUUAUUGAACAACGUUUACAAGCUAUUUGCAAUAAUGAAAAUGUUCAAUGUGAAACAGAGGCUAUUGUUGAAUUAGUUAAAUGUACAGAAGGUGAUAUGCGUAAAGCAGUAACAUUUUUACAAAGUGUUGCUCGUUUUCGUACAAAUGUAACAAUAACAGCUGAUGAUGUACAUGAAAUAACUGGUGUCAUUCCAGAUACUGUUAUUGAGAGUCUUUAUCAAGUAUGUCAUUCAAGUUCCUAUGAAAAAUUAGCUGCAACUGUUAAAAAUGUUUUAUUAGAAGGUUAUGCAGCUCAUCAAUUAUUAUUACAAUUACAUGAAUAUAUUCUAAGUCAAAUGGCAUUAGGUAAUGAACAAAAAGCAAUUAUUUUCGAAAAAGCAGCUAUUGUCGAUGGAUGUUUACUUGAUGGAGCUGAUGAAUAUCUACAAAUGAUGGAUUUUCUCUGUACGGUGAUGCAUCAAUUAUGUCGAUCAUAA